CACCAAUUGCAUCUCAACGCAUAUGGGGCGUGCGCAGGGGGACGCCGAGCGCAUCCUUGUUGUUCUCGGCCAAUUGAGGGGUCUCGCACAGACGGUUGGUGACGAUGCCACGGCAGCCGUCCAGAGGAAGGGCAGAAUCGGACGCGAGAAAGCCGAGGAGUGCUGGGAACGAGUGCUGGCCGCCGGCAAGGAUGUGCACCAGAUGGCCAAAGCGGUGGACGCCUUCGAAAAGUCGAUGGCGCUGGGCCUCAUGGGCAAGCCGCUGCCGUCAGACAAGAGCCUGCUCAUCGCAGAGGAGACCCGACGGCCGGUGAGAAUGGGAGAGAUUCGUAUGCCCACUGUACAAACCUGUUUGGAGCUGCUUCACGGCAGGUGAUGGUCUCAAGCUCACGUGGUGGUGCCAGGAACAAGCGUGCGGCUGAUGGUGAUGUGGCGGACCACGAUGUGGCCGAGAUGGCAGUGCGCAAACACAACAAAAAGGGUGAGAGCGUGCGCGGCCAGACAGUCCGGCAGGCAGCCAUCGUUGUUGUGCAUGUUCCCGUCCGCUUGUGACAGGUAGUGAUAAGGGAGGUACCAGUGGCAGCUCGAUGGCCUGCGACGAGCCUGCCGAUGUACACAUGAGCCCAACUGACGGUAUGCCCAGAACACGCCUCUGACACGUACAAGAUGUGUGUGCGGAUCCUUGGAAUGCAUUGCAAUGGAUAUAUGUGUGUGUGUCACUUUGCCAGGUGGAGGUGUGUUGGAUGAGUAUCCGCCCGUGGGAGCAGUAGCGCAUUUGCGUGAAGUGUGGGAGAAGAGGGACCACCAGUACUGCAAGCCGCCCUCUGUACACGACCUCCGACUCCAAGGAAAGCUCUCGCCAGGUCAAUCAGGGAAAGGGUGAAAAGAGUGAAGGGAAGAACCAUGCAAUCAAUGCACACAAAUGAGCUGUCUUCCAUUCAUGUGUGUGUGUAUGCACUGUGCAGCUGCCGUAGAGAAGAAGUUGUCGUCCGUGCCCCUCCCCCUCUGCCCCUCCGGCCCCCACACACCCCACUUCGGCCGCUAUCCACACCCACCCCACAGCCGCAAGGCAUCGCAGCAGCAGCAGCAGCAGCAGCAACACGGGCAUGACGCUCAGGGCGGUGGGGGUGUUGGUGGUGAUGGAAUGGACGGACACGUCAUUCUGCGGGGCAUGAAACAGCUGGGGCAGCAAGAGGGUGAGAACAAUGCGGGCUUCAGGGAGGGAAGGAGGGUACACAUCUUCUUUGUGUGCUUUGUAUGUCACACGUGCAGGUGUGUCUCCUGAUGGUGAUGCUAAGGCGCUGUUGUUCCGUGUGGGAAGAGGUGACAUGUAUCAGUUCAACGGCCGCGUGACACCAUCUGCGCCGCAGCGUGUGCGUGUGCCGCAGCUGCAGCUCGGCAUGAAUGGGGGGGCCGUCAAGGGUACGCAUACACACCGCAAUGCACCCACACACACACACAAGGAGGCCAUGGAUGGAUGGAUGGAUGUGUGUGGCAUGAUCCAUCAGGUUUGGGUCAGUUGAUAGGCGUAUCGCGUCAGUGUGUGAGGGCAGAGGAGGACAUGUACGACGAGGUGGUGGUGCACGACGAUGAGGACGAGAUCUACGCCAGACCGUACGAUAGCGAAAUACUCGACCUCGACCAGCAACACGACAACAAUACCAACAACAAUAAGGUCAGUUCUCUCUCCCUACAGCCUCCACUUCACACCCACCCAUGCCCACAGACAUGUCUCUCUCCCUCCACCUCUCUCUCCCUCCACAGGCCAGCGAUGCCCCCUGCUUCAGCCCGCGUGUGAUGGACAACAACAGCAUUCAUUCGUCCUCCCCGCCCCCUUGCCAGCAGGCCGCGUCGAGCGUCAUGACGUCCCCCCGGUCGCCCCGCUGCAAGCGCAACAUGAAGCCCAUAGGCCCCAAGCGAGAGGAGGACCAAUACGAGGUCACCGACAAUGAAGGGUGGGCGGGGUGGAGUGGGUCGCCACACCGCAUGAGGGACUGGGAGGUGUGCUGAUGGUGUGCUGUGUCUUGGCAUGGCUCCCAUACACACAGGCAGCGCUGGGAGCGCCUUGACGAGAAGGAGUCGGAGCCACCCAAAUACGUCCCACGGUGGUAGGCGCAAUGGCUGAGGGUGGUUUUGGUACAAAAUGCGAGCAGGCACGGUGUCUGUGUGUGGUCAGGGCUGUGAAGGGCAAGUGGAGAGUGUCUGCGUUGUCUCAGCUAGAUUGGGACCCCGACUCCAUUUUCGGGAUCGGACUGCCACGCAUCAACCUCAGAGGUCAGCCACAGACAAACACCAGAUAAUUGUCUCCACCCAUUCUUGUCCCUCUCUCUCUCUCUCUCUCUCUCUGUCUGUCCCCCAGCCAUGUUUUCGAGUCACGAGGAGCUGUUCAAGAGCCUGCUGCGUGAGCACCCUGCCGACCGCCCCAGACGCUCAUCUGCCGUGUGGAUCGGCAUGGACAAGUACAAUGCACUCACACACACACACACACACACACAAUGCAGAGAUCGGCAGUACGUUGUUGGGCUGUGUGCCAUCCAUCGUGUCUCUCUCUCCUCCGUCUGACUGGUGUGACUGUGUCUGUCAGGUUAACCAUUGAUGAGGUGCGUUGCUACCGCGAGCGGACGCGGCACGUCAAGGACAUGUCGCACCUCGUGCAGGGGGGAGACCUACCGGUGCGCAUGUGCACACAGAGAGAGAGAGAGAUAAACAGGGGACGUUCAUGUGUGCGGUGUUGUCGGUGGUGUCCAUCCAGUCUGUGGCUGAGGGUCCGUCUGGUGGUGGGCUGGGCGGCAAUGGUGUGUCUGCGGCCGUGGCUGUGGGACACCGCGGGUAGCCAGGUCUGGGGCUGGCGGUUUGAGUAAGUGGGUG